AUGGCAGAAGGAGGCAAUUUUGAUUCUUGCGACGUAUGUGUUAAGACUUGCAAGACAAAUGAUGCACUUGACAGGCACGGACGUGCUCACACGGAUAAUCAGGCCAACGUUUGUGGACACAAGAGGAUUCACACGGAUGAUAAGUCCUACAAGUGCCAAGUGUGUUUACAAAGUUUUUCUCAUAAACACUAUCUUAUUAGGCACAAGAAGACCCAUGCGGGUGAGAAGCCCCACAUCUGCCAGGUGUGUUUGAAAAGUUUCUUGCAAAAAUCUGAUCUUACGAAGCACAAGAAGUAUCACUCAGCAUGA